ACGACGACGACAACGGCGGCUGUGUAUGUGUGUCUGUCUGUUUGUGUGUGUGUGUGUGAGCGAGAGAGAGAGAACGAGGGCAAAGCUUCAGUUUCUGCCCUGCUGCUGCUGCAAUUUUUUUUUUCCGACGAGGACCAACCAACCUUCUUUCUUUCUCGUUUUUUUUUUUUAAAUUAUACAAUACCAAUAUCAACCGCCUCCCACUCCCCAAUUUCCAAUUUCCGGGGAUUUUUUAUUUUUAUUUUUUUUUAAAAAAAGAGGGGGCAGGAAAAAAAAAUAUGUCGGUCUGUUUUGUAGAAACUGAUCAAGACUCGGUGGCGUUGAAAGCUUUCCAGAAGAUGUCCAGUGAUAGACAAAGGUCAGAUGAUGAAAGCCCAAGUACCAGCAGUGGUAGUUCAGAUGCAGAUCAGAGGGACCCACCAGCACCUGAGCCCGAGGAACAGGAAGAAAGAAAACCUUCUGCAACACAGCAGAAGAAAAAUACCAAACUCUCCAGCAAAACUACUGCUAAACUAUCUACUAGUGCUAAAAGAAUUCAGAAGGAGCUAGCCGAAAUCACCCUGGAUCCACCUCCGAACUGCAGUGCUGGGCCUAAAGGCGACAACAUCUACGAAUGGAGAUCUACUAUCCUAGGCCCCCCAGGUUCUGUGUACGAAGGUGGCGUAUUUUUUCUGGAUAUCACAUUUUCAUCUGAUUAUCCGUUUAAACCACCAAAGGUUACUUUCCGUACUAGAAUCUAUCACUGCAACAUCAACAGUCAGGGAGUCAUCUGUCUGGAUAUCCUGAAAGACAACUGGAGUCCUGCUUUGACUAUUUCAAAGGUUUUGCUGUCUAUUUGCUCCCUCUUGACAGACUGCAAUCCUGCUGAUCCUCUGGUGGGAAGCAUAGCCACUCAGUACCUGACCAACAGAGCAGAACAUGACAGGAUAGCCAGACAGUGGACCAAGAGAUACGCAACAUAAGUGAUGUUGUUGACUACUUGGCGCAGUGUGAAGGUGCGGGGAUGCAGCUUUGCAGUGUGCAACCAAACUUUAUAGCCUUUACAAUACGGACUUCUGUGUAUAUGUUAUACUGAUUCUACUCUCUGCUUUUAUCCUUUUGAAGAUUGGAAUACUGCUUUCUCUCCCUCCUCCCCUUCCCCAAAAGGUAAAUGCUGUCAAGAGUAGAACUUUGUAGCUGUAGAUUAGUUAUGUUUAAAAUGCCUACUUGCAAGUCUUGCUUCUUUGGGAUAUCAAAAUGUAUUUUGUGAUGUAACUAAGGAUACUGUUCCUGAAGUCAACCAAAUAUAAUAGUGCAUUUUAGCCUAAUUCAUUAUCUGUAUGAAGUUAUUAAAGGUAGCUGUAGAUUACUAGGAAUUACGUCAUUUGUAUUAAGCCCAGAUCUAUUUCCGAUAUGUGGUACAUGCUGUUGUGAAAAAUGUUUAAGACUUUUACCUUUGUCAGUUUGUAAUGAAAAGGAUUUCUUUUAUCCUUGUCCCCUCUCAUCGCCACCCACCUUGUAGCUCAGAGAGCAUCCAGUGUAUCAUCUCAAACACAAUAAACAUGUUCCCCAAGGAAGAGCUUCUCUGUUUUCAUAUUUGAAAUUAAAAUGUGGGCAGAGCCAGUAGGACUGUUUAUACACAGAUCCUGGUGGAAAACUAACCUAAGACAAGAAGGCCCCACUCAGAAGGCCUCUGGAACAUUAUGAGAUUUGUAGUUUGCCUCUACCAAUGUUUCUUAAGGCAGAACUACACAGUGCUAAACCUUACAUUUAUUGCCAUAGACAUGUACAAAAAGGUAAGAGAGAACAGUAGUAAGGAUGAUACUUUCCGUCAUUAUUUCUCCUCUCCUCCCCAUCGCUGCUUUGAAAUUCUAACCAGUAUGGUGGUGGUAACGCUGAAGAGGAUCAUCAUCACUCCUGUAAAAUUCAUGUUAUAUUAUCCAUCACAACUGUGAACAUCUGUUCUCAGGCAGGAAGGACAAAGGAAUGUUUCCACUAACUCUGUAGAGUGCAGGGAUGUGAUGAGGGCAAAGCAAAAUUUAAGACCAAGCAGAAACACCAUUGACCUUGUCCUUCCUCACUUUAUUUCUGGUAGUCAUGAGAUCCAACCACAAUGUUCAUAGUUGCUAUUAUAGUUUGGGGAGAGGAGUAGUUUCCUUUAGGACCACAGGGAUAAUAGGCAAGAUUCAGUCACUAGUCCUGCUGUCUCUUCUGCAAUCUCCUGAAGCAAUAUUUGUCAAUCAAAAAAAUGUAAAACACACAACUUAUUUAAACUUAAAUUUAAUCUCAUGUUUAGUUCGACUCCCAUUUUUCCUUGAUGGAGGAAUAAUAGUGUUGAGCUGCACUUGAUGCCUAAUUGUUCUCCGUUGCAGCACCAAAAGCUUUGACAUUGGGCAGAUAGUGCAGACCACAAUUUGCCAAGUGUAGCAACUUGUUGACUUGUAACAACCUGACAAGCUGUGCAUCUUCAAUUGCUUGAAACAAACUUUUCCGUACUUCUGCAUCUGAUGAGAACCUGAAGACCUGAAGAUGUUAAAAACUGUGAUACUGUACAAUUCACUUCGUUGAAUACCAAGGAGCUGAUGGAAAUAUGAUGUGCUCCACUGUCAGUGUAUUCUUAAUUAGACAGUUGUUUCUUAACCAGUGAGUGUAUAGCUGAUAAGGCCGUUGUGAGUAGAGCUGAUGGCAGGCAGGGGAAUCUUACUAUUUUAUGCAUUCUCCAAGAUGAAGGAGCAAAUUACCAAAAUGUUAUUGGAUUUCACAUAACCUCCCACCUACUUCUAUAAUUUACCAUAAAUAGGAUCAUCUUUAUAAUUCCAAAAUUUUGAGAAUUUUGGAUCUUGCCAAUCUCUUCUAAUUUUAGGAGAUGUCCACUGCUCCAGUUCUUUAGAGGUAGGCUUCUGAAUUAUGGUAAACCUGUCUUCCAAAGCAGUACAGUUUCAUGAUUUGCUUAUUCACUUCUCUGAGUGACAUAAACACUGUCAUGAAACCUUCAAGAGAGCGUUUUUUUUCUUCAUGAGGUCAGCAGAAUAUAAAUCAAUAUUGACUUAAAGAAGAUUUUUUUAAAAAGUAAAGUCGAUAUCAACACAAGAUAGGAUGUAAGCCUUUCUCCACAUCUUUCCAUGUGAAAUGAAUGGGAUCUCCAAAUAGUCCUGCAUAAUGUUCAGGUGUCUUGAGUGAGAGUUGCACACAGUAUCAUUUCCAGAUAGAUCGAUAGACUUGCAUACUUUACACUUAGGAGAGCUUGAUGGAAACAUUACAUUCACAAUGAGAUUUUCAUCACCCCACCAGGGUUGAUAGGCUGUCCUACCCAACAACAUAGGGUUGGGUACAUCAAAUGGAUAGCUUAGCCUGCAGGACGUGUUAAAUAUUAGCAUUCCUUUUUCCAUUGCGUGACCACCGUAGCUCUUUAUUUAUGUAGUCAAAUCACCAAACAGUGCAAGCCAGUCAUCCAGAAAGAUGAUUUGUGUUUAUGUGACAGAUACACCUUACUAUUUUAUGUUUCAGUCUUCUAGGUUCAAACUCAACAAAACUAUUGUGGGGGGGGGGGGGAGUGGAGGAUGCUGUUGAAGCACGUCUAUCAAGCAGUGAUGUACUUUUUGUAUAUCUCUGGCUGGAGUUCAACAUGGUUUAUCAUGCAGAAUAUUAACCAAUAGUAGAGGCUUCAAGGUGUGUGAGGCUCAUCUGUUAGACCUAUGGCCUCAGAAUAUGACACUUAAGAGCAAUAUCAUUUGAGACAUACCUGCAUCCACUUGCACUACAGCUCAAAUGACAAACUCUCCUAUUUACCUCCCAGCUAAAUGUCAUUUUCACCUGGAAUUUUAAGGGUUUAUUAACAACUCGGGACCUAUUUCAGAUCCUGAAACAAACCCCCAAAAUAAAAUGCCUGUUCAGUACAGCAAUCUCCUUAGUAGGCAAUUUAUAAAGGCAAUCUGUUUAUCCUAUAUUUUGUUUGGUAUUAUAGUCUAGUUCUCACGGAGACAUCGAAGGUAUUUCGGGGCUGUCCUGCCACAAAUUUUAGAGAGAGGCUACUCUAUCCUCCGCCCCAUUCCCAAAACAGCUGCUUCCGCCAGAAAUUCCAACAAAAUAAAACAUUUUAACCUUGCUUUAUCAACAUUCUUUGAUUCCUGGGCCCUCUUGUGUGAGAAAAGUGUUCAGUCAAGAUUCUCAAUUGACCUCUAAAACAUAAACUCAACUCAUCUUUAGCCUUUCUUCCAUGAGAACAAUUCCUACAGCUAG